UUUAGAAAAAAUGACAGACAACCCAGCUGUCAGUACAGUGUUUGAAAAAGUUUCCUUUGUAAGCAAGAUUAGCACUAUUUUAAAGGCUACAUCAGAUGAUGAGACAACAAUUCCAGGCCAUCUUUAUACAGAAAUAAGCAAUAUCACACUGGAAUCUGAUGGAUAUAGCGACUCCAUGCUGGAAUUUCUGGUGGACAGACUCAACAAAAAUUCCUGUCAUGUUAAACUAAAGGUGAUGAAAUUGAUGAAAUACAUCCUGUCACAUGGAAAUCCUAGAUUUAAGCUAGGGUUGAUGAAGUGUUCUCAAGGAAUAACCGAAGCUAAAAAAUACAGUGGACCUCCAGACCCACUGCAUGGGAAUGUCCCAUACCUUGCUGUUAGAAAAACUGCUAAGGAAUUGCUGGAGGCACUCUUUGAUACAGAAGACUUGCCAAGUACACGUGCACCAGUAUCAGCAUCCUCAGGUUAUGGGAACCAGGGAGCACCUAAAUCAAAGAUGGAAGGAUUUGGAAAUUCACCUUCACCCCAAAAAGCUGGCUUAGGGAAGUCCUUCCUACAGAACAUCAGUGAGUUUGCUCAGCACCUGACAGAGGAGCCAGAGAACCCCCAGAGAGCAGUGUUAUCCUCCCUGGAGACCCCGGGGACUUAUAAACCCCCGGAAGACCACUCCUUCAGCCUCCCCCCAGACAGCAGCGAGGGGAUACAACCCUCCACAAGAAGGAAAGAGGUGGUUCACGUCCCUGGUAAGGCAGGAGGAGGCUGGGAUGAUGAUGAUGACGAUGACAAUGAAAAUGUUAAUGGUAACUCAUCAUCAGACAGACACAGUGGAUCAAAUGCUGACAGUUGCUCAAGACUAGAGAGUGGAAAUGUGGAGGACUGGAGCACAGAGGAAACUCUGGUGACGUCAACGGUUGCUACCGGUAACAGUCGUCUGCUGACAAAUGCCCAGAUUGCAGAGUUCAUCAAGUCAUGCCAGGCGUGUAACUGUGAUAAAGUAUUGGAGCUUGUGUCCCAGAGUCUAGAAUCAACAGAUGGCCACCUUCUGAUGAGAGCCUUGCUUUUGGUGGAAAACUUUCUAAGAACAGAUAUAUAUGGUAUAGAUCAGAUCUCUACUGUAUGUGGCAAGCACCUGUUGACGAUAUCAGAGAGAACCAGUAGCCCAGAGACUUCCAAGUCUAGAAAAAUCAUAAGGAUAUUGGAGAAGCUAGGAUCUUCACCUUCAUCAAAGGACAGAGAAUCUGAUUUAACCACAUAACAAAGUACAAAUACCAGUAACUGCCUUCAUGUCCUCAUUCCUCAUAUGAAAAGCACGACAAGCAUGUAAGACAUAAAUACAAUGUGAUACAGCAUCAUAACAGUCACUCAACAAAUCAUCCAAAUACAGUGUAGUGUCGUAAUGAACCCAGCAGACCCCAGAAACAGCAUUCAGUGCUGCACAAGUAGUCAUCAGUUCAAAUGGAUUGACAAUAUUCUACAGAGCCAAUCCAAAAUACAUUUUUUAUGUAUGAAAAAGUAAAAUUAUGUCUAGCUUUAUCUGAUUUAUAUAUAAAAUCUAAAAAUUAAUGUCUUUUGAUUUAUUGUAAUACUGCAUGAAUACAUGUACAUGUAUUUAAUAAAUUGAUACAGAAAAACAGAAGAAGUUUCUCCCAUUACCAACCUGUGAUUGUCUCAUUCAUUCAAAAUUAAAAACCAAAAGAUUUUGGCUUGUACUUAAUGUAUUCUAUACAUAGUAAUAUACAUAAUAAAAUACUAUAAAUAAA